AUGGAUUUUGAUUACAGUCAGCUUGACAUACAUCAUGAGCAGGCCAUUGUUCGGGAUUCUAAAAAUGUUGAGCUUUGGCGAAAAUAUAUUAAGGAGGCGAACUCGAAGCCAUUGGAAGUUCGAUUUUUAUUGUAUCAUCGUGCUACUCGAGCAUUGCCACAAGAUGAGUCACUUUGGAAGGACUUUCUCGAGUUGGUAACCAGUCACUGUCAGUCGCUUUCCUUCUGCAAACACCGCGAUCAAUUCAUCAUCGCCAAGAAGGUUAUUGAAAGAGCAUUAGAAUAUUGCCCUCAACCUACUAUCUGGAAAAUUGUGUUGCCAUUCAUAGUUGAAAAGAUGGUAUGUGAGGUGACGUGGUGUCGAGAAGUAUUCAAUCAUGCGCUACGGCUGCUCUCUGCUACACACCAUGGGUUUGUGUUCGACCAAUUUCUCAAAUUCGGUAACAUCAUUGGUGGACCAACAUUACAACGCAUUCUCCAGCAAUAUCUUCAAUUUUUGGGGGCCAGCAACGAAGUUGCUAUUGACAAUAUUCUUGAUCUUUUAGAUGAUACCGAACAAGAUCGAGUUCUCAUGGACAUGAUUCGUCGACCUAAAAGUUACAUCACCGCUCACACGACCUUAGCACUUUGGAAAAGACUUAUAACGCUUCGCUAUGGAAGCCCUGGAUUUGAACAGAUUGUUACGACUGCUAUCAAUCACUUGCCUAAUCAGCUUGCUCGAUUCGUUUCUACAUUGGCGGAAAUUGAUACUCGCAAAGCACGGCAUUGGUUUGAGUGGGGUCUCAUCCGGGUCAAAUCGAUCGAGCAGUUCGUGGAGUUGUUCGACGAAUACUUGACCAAUGAAUUGCAAAGAUAUCAGAAGGACCCGACGCCUUUGCGUGAACAUUUCAUCAAGCAUUUAGCUGCUUCUCGAACCUCGCGAAUAGUGGAGAUCCGUCUUCGAAAUAAUUCAAACGACAUCAUAGCGUGGAACUUGAAAAUCAAACAGGCUCGUCUGCCCAAACAAAAACUUCUGACGUACGUUGAGGCUUUACGCAAGAUCAAUCCUCUCAAGGUAACUCCAGGGCUGUUGGCAGCAUUUUGGGAUGCAUAUGCAAGCAUAUAUCAUGAGAACGGUGAUCUCAAAACGGCUGAUGUUGUAUUUACUAAAGCGAUCGCGUCAAAGUUUGCCCCAGAAGAUCUCGUGCAAAUCUAUGAAAAGUGGAGUGAAAUGUGGCUUUCCCAUCAAAAGCCUCAAAGGGCCAUCGCCAUAUUGGAGCAGGCAUUACUGCUGGGUGCAGUUGCUGAGCUACCUAGCAAGUAUAAAUCGCGUCUUGUGCAGUUUUAUUUGAAUAUGUUAGAGCUGUUGGUCGAUUCCUUUACCCCUGAAGAGAUUGAGAGAGUCGCUCAAGGAUACUACAAUGUGUUGAAAAAGCGACUCAUUACUGCUAACCAAAUGAUGGAGCUUGCCGAAAUCUACCAGGAAAAUGAUAUGUGGGAACAGCUGUUCAAGGUUUACGAACAAAUCGUGGUGAAUUUUGCUCAUCCCCGGAUUCGGCUGCUGGUAUGGCGAGUAUACCUUGAAAAAGCGUUUUCGCGAGUUAGCGAAUCUCGGUACGAAGAUCUCAUUGACCAUGCAGUGUUCGGGCCUACUCUGGCUAAUCCUUUCAUUCUCGACUUUGUUCUACUCAAGCCGUCAGCAUCAAAACUCAAACGAGCAUCGAGCUUACUCAGAGCAUACAAAGGCGUCUACGCUCGACAAAUGGCUGAUGAUAAAUUUAGACUUUAUCAAAAACUUGCUGAUAUCAUGAAUGAGGACUUGGGUGUUGACGAAAUGAGAGAGUGUUAUGAAUGGAUGGUCUCCGAUCAAGGACUUACAAACUAUCAGAUAGUUGAAAUUCUGCAAUUGUACGUCGAGUUUGAGACUCAUCAAAAUCAAACCGAGCGAGCCCGAGCAUUGUGGAGACACAUCACCCGAUUACAGCACCCCAACACCCCUCUUAUGGUGCCCGUUUGGAAGAAGUGGGAGCAAUGGGAAAUAGACAACGGCGAUCAAAGUCUGUUCAAAGAUAUGUUGCGAUGGAAGCGGCGUAUUGAGCAUGAUCUCAAGGCUGUGGAGAUCUUCAAGGAUCAAAUCAACCCUAUGGGCUUCAUUGCGAGCUCUACCACGAAGCCCUCAAAAAUCAACCCCAAUCAGAUUGAAAUUGAUAUGGACUGA